CUAGAGACUGUUUACACCUUUCUCACUUCUAUAGAAAUUGGGCAUUAUGGCCACCCAAAAGGAUGUUCACGAUCUCCUGCGCCUUCUAACAACUGGCCGCAACAAACUCCCCAUGAUGGCAGCUAUGGGCCGUGUCAAAGCCCUGCAAGACGCUGAUCUACGGAGCAUAGCAUCAAUAGCCAACGCCGACCUUUCCAGUAUCAGCACCGCAAUCAACGACCCCAAAGCCGCGAAACAGCUCCAGACUGCAUGCAAGGCACUUAUCAAAGACCCCGACAAGAAACGCGGCGCCGAGUCUAGCCUCUCGUCCGCAGCGAAGCGCACGAGAUCAGCCUACGAGCUUGCAUCGGAGCCGCAGACACCCCAAGCCCUCGAAGCUUCGCUCGCCCUCCCGCAGCCGUCCGCGGACGAAGAAGCGAUCUCCCGGACUACAGUUUAUACGAAUAGAGCACCGCUAGUGUUGGCGUUUGCGGUGCAGUUGCUGAAAUAUACGAUGCCGGAGCAGCCGCUGAGUAGUAGAUUGAGUCUGGCACAGGCGGUGGUGAGCGUUAACUCGAGGAGCAAGGCGGUUAGUUUGGGAUUGGAGAAAGGGGGGAGUGCGGAGAGUGAGGGGUGGGGGAUGGGACAGCCGAAGAUUAGGGUGUUAGGGAGGGAAAUCCAUGUUUUGAAGAGGGGAGGCUAUGAUUGGAGACCUGAGGAUGAGAAUGUGGAAGGCCAGAAGGAGAGUGUCUCAGACACCAAUGGUGAAGGUAGAGCGGGGGAAGUUGUAGCUGAAGAACAGCCAACUGUCGAUCCAAUACCCGGGGCCGUAUCAACUGAAGAAAAGAAGAAUGAGUGGGCCGUUUCUGCAAGUGUCACCUCUAAACAGUCAACAUUCGUGGCGCGAUCGAUAGCCGUCUCUUCUCCUUCCGAAGCUAGAGCUGCGCUGCAAAAGCUCAUGGCAAGUAACAAGGAAAUACGAGAGGCGUCUCACAACAUAACGGCAUGGCGUGUUCAGGGAGCUCACGGCGGGAUUAUUGAAGAAUUCAACGAUGAUGGAGAAACUGGCGGAGGAAGACACAUCCUACAAGUUAUGCAAUCGAGUGAUGUGGUCGGCAUGCUGCUCGUAGUGACUAGAUGGUACGGUGGAAUUAUGCUGGGUCCAGAUCGCUGGAGAAUCAUGAGCCAAGUAUCUCGAGACGCGUUGUCCCAGCGUCUGCGGGUCGCUGGGAUAAUUGGUCGAGAAGCAUUAUGGGGGCUAGAUCUCGAGGCGAUGCGGAAGACAGAUACACCAGUCACUGUAGGCACAGGAGGAGGGAUGCCAAUCCACAAACCUGAAUCGGCAAGGUCAUAUAUCAUGAAUGCUUUUGGCUCUCCCCCUCCGACUGGGGAUAGCCCCGCAAAGAAGAAGAAAUCUGGCGUGGCUUUGGAUAGAGAGAAAGAGGAGAAUCUAGGGUUGCUUUUGGGCGCCCUGGAUAUGUUGUUCGCAUCUUGGGCGGAGCAUAUCAGUGGAGACGAACUUGAUCGCCGGGCUUGGUCUUGGUAUGUGCAGGUACGGCCAGAAGUUGAAAGCGGGGUGGCUGGAUGGGGUGGGAAAGGGCCAGUUCAACUUGCGAACAUAUUGAACCUGCGAAGAAAGGCAUGAAUCAAAAACUUCUGAUUAAUCUUUCAUCCUUCUCAGAUUUAUCACUGGUCCAUGUGAGGAUCUGAAAUUCUAUCAAAGUAUAUCCUUCUACUGGGACGCAUUUCUGGCUCGGCUGCAAUUCCAAAGACUUUGGAUAUCCCAUCAGCACCAAUCCUGAGCCCGG